AAGAAUCUCUGCAAUGGGAACUGAAACGCAAAGCUGAAGUGAAAGGGUAUUAGCCAACAAGCCACGAUCCCUGACGACUCCGCUACGUCGUCGGGCUGUCCUAGGAGUUUCAGAAGCGGAGUAGCGAAAACGUAAAAAGCAUGCAGCCGGAUCCUUUGAUAAAUAUCUCUCUCUUUCUCGGCCUCCCAGAAGUACUCUUCGUUAACUCACAAUGUUUACUACUUGUCGAAGACAAAGAACAGAGAGACUGAGAGAGAGAAUCCAAACCAUGGCGGAUCCAAGAUCAUCUGCCCCAGAUCAAAGACAGGCUUCGUUCUCCUCGGACCAGAAAGCAAAUAAGAGGGAUUAUUCCACUGCAAGUUUGGAACGCAAGAAGUCUCCUAACCGCCUUAUUGUUGAUGAAGCUAUAGAUGAUGAUAAUUCUGUGGUUUUCAUGCACCCAAACACAAUGGAAAAGCUUCAACUACGUCGAGGGGACGCUAUUUUACUCAAGGGAAAGAAGCGCAAAGAUACUGUCUGCAUUGCUCUUACUGAUGAACUAUGUGAAGAACCGAAAAUCAGAAUGCACAAAGUUGUUCGAGCAAAUCUCAGAGUUCGCCUUGGAGAUGUCAUAUCCGUCCAUCAGUGCCCUGAUGUGAAGUAUGGAAAACGGGUUCACAUCCUUCCGAUUGAUGAUACAAUUGAGGGUGUCACUGGCAACCUUUUUGAUGCAUAUUUGAAGCCAUAUUUCUUGGAAGCUUAUCGGCCUGUGAGGAAGGGUGACCUUUUCCUAGUCAGGGAUGGAAUGAGAAGUAUUGAAUUCAAGGUCAUAGAGACUGACCCUGGUGAGUAUUGUGUUGUUGCGCCAGACACUGAAAUCUUCUGUCAGGGAGAACCUAUCAACCGUGAGGAGGAGAGAUUGAAUGAAGUGGGAUAUGAUGAUUUUGGUGGUGUUAGGAAGCAAAUGGCUCAGAUCCGUGAGCUAGUAGAACUUCCUCUUCGGCACCCACAGCUCUUCAAAGCAAUUGGUGUGAAGCCCCCAAAAGGAAUCCUGCUUUAUGGACCACCUGGGUCUGGAAAAACUCUGAUCGCAAGAGCUGUAGCUAAUCAGACAGGUGCAGUCUUCUUUUUGAUUAAUGGACCUGAAAUAAUGUUGAAGCUAGCUGGUGAGUCUGAAAGCUACUUCAGAGAGGUAUUUGAAGAAGCCGAAAAGAAUGCCCCAUCUAUCAUAUUUAUUGACGAAAUAGAUUCCAUAGCUCCAAAGAGGGAAAAGACACAUGGUGAAGUGGAGAGGCAUAGAGUAUCCCAACUUUUGACUGUAAUGGAUGGCCUUGGGUCCAGAGCACAUGUGAUUGUGAUGGGAGCUACCAAUAGACCCAAUAGCAUUGACCCUGCACUGAGGAGAUUUGGGAGAUUCGAUCGAGAGAUUGACAUUGGCGUACCAGAUGAGGUCGGAAGAUUGGAAGUUCUUAGAAUCCAUACAAAGAAUAUGAAACUUGCUGAUGAUGUUGAUCUUGAAAGGGUUUCAAAAGAUACCCAUGGUUAUGUCGGUGCAGAUCUUGCUGCUCUUUGCACAGAGGCUGCUCUUCAAUGUAUCCGGGAGAAAAUGGAUGUAAUUGACUUGGAGGAUGAAACUAUUGAUGCUGAGGUGUUGAAUUCGAUGGCUGUGACUAAUGAACACUUCAAAACUGCUUUGGGGUCUUCAAAUCCAUCGGCCUUGCGUGAAACAGUUGUGGAGGUUCCUAAUGUUUCAUGGAAAGAUAUUGAUAUUGGUGGGUUCGAAAAUGUUAAAAGAGAACUUCUGGAGACUGUCCAAUACCCAGUGGAACAUCCUGAGAAGUUUGAGAAAUUUGGCAUGUCACCUUCUAAAGGUAUUCUCUUUUAUGGGCCUCCUGGCUGCGGUAAAACCCUUCUUGCAAAGGCAAUUGCCAAUGAAUGCCAGGCAAAUUUCACAAGUGUCAAAGGACCUGAGCAGCUGACAAUGUGGUUUGGAGAAAGUGAGGCAAAUGUCCGCGAGAUAUUUGACAAGGCCAGGCAGUCGGCACCAUGCGUUCUGUUCUUUGAUGAACUAUACUCAAUUGCAACUCAGCGUGGUAGCUCUGUUGGUGAUGCUGGUGGUGCUGCAGAUAGAGUAUUGAACCAACUUCUGACAGAAAUGGAUGGCAUGACAGCGAAGAAAACAGUCUUUAUAAUUGGGGCAACAAAUAGGCCAGAUAUAAUUGAUUCAGCUUUGCUCAGGCCUGGACGUCUGGACCAGUUGAUUUGCAUCCCGCUGCCAGAUGAGGCUUCCCGCCUCCAGAUUUUUAAAGCAUGUUUACGGAAGUCACCUAUCUCUAAGGAUGUUGACAUUGCUGCUCUUGCACGGUAUACUCAUGGUUUUAGUGGUGCAGAUAUCACUGAAAUUUGUCAGCGCGCCUGCAAAUAUGCCAUUAGAGAGGAUAUCGAAAAGGAUAUUGAGAGGGAGAGGAAGAAAAGAGACAACCCUGAAGCUAUGGAAGAAGAUGACGACAUUGAUGAAGCUCCCGAGAUAAAGGCAGCACACUUUGAAGAGUCGAUGAAAUACGCCCGCCGAAGUGUUAAUGAUGCGGACAUCUGGAAAUACCAGCUCUUCGCUCAGAAAUUGCAGCAAUCCCGUGGGUUUGGAACAGAGUUUCGGUUUAAAGACAGAACCGAGAGUGCUGCAGCAGAAGCUUCAGACCCGUUUUCUUCUGCCACUGCCGCCGGAGAAGAUGAUGAUCUCUACAACUGAACUGAAGCCCACUGCGUGUUUUAGGUGCUGCAGUUAAGGCGUUACAUCCACAGCCAUGACAAUAUUCACAUUUCAUAUGUUUAUUUCAGCAAGGAAGAGUUGUAAUCUUUAGCAGUUAAGGCUUUGAUUUCUCUCUCUCACUUUCUAUUUUUUUUUUUUUUUUUUUUUUUGUUAUGCAAGAGUUCUAUAACUUACUUUUUUUUGUUAUUUUAUAAUAUAAAAUAAAGAUUUUUAAGAAGACCAUUA